GGGGGGGGUGGCCGAGGCCGAGGUCACGUGAAUCUAUCAACCCGGUACACAGCUGAUCAUGACGUCACUCGUCAACAUGGCGGACUGGAAUAGAGGUCAUGGCUCUGUGGACGACAUGCUGGAUGCUGAAAACAAACGGCUGGCUGAGAACCUGGCCACCAAAGUCUCCAGACUGAAAUCUCUGGCGUACGACAUCGACAGAGAGGCUGACGAUCAGAACGAGUAUCUGGACAGCAUGGACUCCAACUUCCUGAGUGCAACGGGCCUGCUGAGCGGCAGCGUGAAGCGUUUCUCGACCAUGGUCCGAUCCGGCAGAGACAACCGCCGCAUCCUCUGCUACGUCUCCGUGGGCCUGGUACUGGUCUUCUUCCUGCUUUACUACAUGGUCUCCAGGAUUCAACGCUGACGGGGAAACCCAGGAUCAGCCAGGAGCUGGUCCUGAUGUGGAGCUGAGACUAGAGACUCAUAUCUGAUAGGUUGAAGUCAUCUCUGUGGUUCUCCUGCACAGGGAAAAGACUUUUUUUCCCCCCUCUGCGUCCACAUGAGAAAACAUUUAGUUGAAGCAUUGAAAGUGACCAGCAGGGGGUGUCGGCCUUAGCGGGGGAAACGGGGGUGGGCGUGUUCAUACCAAAGAUGCUGGAGUCUAUUUUAAAAAAAAAAAAAGAAAAAAAAAAAAAAAAGCCUGGGCUUUUCCACUCUGCACCACCUUUGUCACUAAGCUCGUUGGAGAUGAGCCAGAAUUGAUAACACACGUGGGCAACGAUGACCUCACAAGAGCCAGACGCUGCAGUUGCUCUCCACCGACUGCGUGAUGGGAAACGCCUGGCCCUCAGCUGAUCUAACAGCUGAUUGGUUCAGAGUCGACUCAACACGAGGGCGUUUUCAUAUCAACGUUUUUUUUUUUUUUUGUUUUUUUUUAUAU